GAGCAGAGGAUGUGGGUAUGCUGACAUCUGCAAGCCAGCGGUUUGACUGGAAGACAAACAGCGACGUCCUCUUUAACCUCCAACAAACUAUGUAACUGCUGCGAAAGGCGGUUCUGCACCACAUCAAAAGCUUACUGCAAGAAUUCAACUGCCUGCAUCAUGGAGUUUGAGCUGCAUUUGAUUACUGUAUCAUUAGGGUAAAGAUGGUAGAAGGCGUUUCACAGAGUUUUGUGUCCUGUUGGGCACCCAGUCGGUCAGUCAGUCACACUGCCUUCCUGGGGCUUCUUGUCAUGAGGGGGCGCUGGUCACAAAAGCUGGUCGUGCUGUCCAAAACCGCAUUCCUGCUUUGGGUGCUGUGGCUGGGGUACCUUCUCUUAGCACCCUCCUCUCUCCCUUCCACUCUAGAAGAGGUGGACCAGCAUCUACUGGCGCAACAACGUUCCGAAGAGGAAAGUGGAGCUAUCAGGGAAUUCGCUCGGCCAAUCUAUGUGAAACCCCCGCCAGACCCCAAUGCGCCAGGGGAGUGGGGUCGAGCUGCACACCUUAAACUCACCCCUGAAGAAAAGAAAAAAGAGGAGGCCAGUGUGGAACAGUAUGCUGUUAACAUCUAUGUCAGCGAUAAGAUUUCCCUCCAUCGGCACAUCAAAGAUCACAGGAUGUCUGAAUGCCUAAACAAGAGGUUUAACUACCGGCGCUUACCCACGACGUCGGUAAUCAUAGCCUUCUAUAACGAGGCCUGGUCCACCCUGCUGAGGACGAUUCACAGUGUACUGGAGACCACACCUGCCCUCCUGCUGAAAGAGCUCAUCCUCAUUGAUGACAACAGCGAUAAAGGCUACCUAAAAUCCCAGCUGGCUGACUACAUCAGUAAUCUGCGACGUGUACGGCUCAUCCGCACCACAAAACGGGAAGGGCUGGUUCGGGCACGUCUCAUUGGUGCCACCUAUGCUACUGGUGAAGUACUGACAUUUCUAGAUUGUCACUGUGAGUGCGUUACAGGCUGGAUUGAGCCUCUUCUGGAAAGGAUUGCCCAGAAUGUGAGUACCAUCGUGUGCCCUGUGAUUGACACGAUUGACUGGAACACCUUUGAGUUUUAUAUGCAAACAGAGGAGCCAAUGAUUGGGGGAUUUGACUGGAGACUUACCUUUCAGUGGCACUCUGUCCCCAAAGCAGAACGCAAGAGGCGGAAAUCUCGCAUUGACCCCAUCAGAUCCCCCACUAUGGCUGGUGGAUUAUUUGCUGUGAGCAAGUCCUACUUUGAGUACCUUGGCACAUAUGACACAGGGAUGGAAGUGUGGGGAGGAGAAAACCUGGAGCUCUCGUUCAGGGUGUGGCAGUGUGGUGGCAGCCUGGAGAUUCUCCCCUGCUCUCACGUUGGCCACGUGUUUCCUAAAAUGGCUCCUUAUGCACGACCAAACUUCCUUCAGAAUACUGUACGGGCUGCAGAGGUUUGGAUGGACUCUUAUAAACAACACUUUUAUAACAGGAAUCCUCCAGCCAGAAAGGAGAAGUACGGCGAUAUCUCAGAACGGCUGCUGCUGAGGGAGAGACUGAAGUGCAACAGUUUUGACUGGUAUCUGAAGAAUAUCUACCCUGAUUUACAUGUGCCAGAAGACAAGGAGGGCUGGCAUGGAGCUGUUCAUAAUUUAGGGAUGCAUUCACAAUGUUUGGACUAUAACGCACCAGACCACAGUGCCACAGGAGCCCAACUGUCACUGUUUGGUUGCCACGGCCAGGGAGGCAACCAGUACUUUGAAUACACAUCUCAUAAGGAGAUCCGCUUCAACUCGGUAACAGAGCUGUGCGCCGAGGUACUGGAGGGAAACACGUCCAUCGGAAUGAUGCGUUGCCCUCACGACACGGAUGUCAAGCCAGCCAGUAUCAUCUGGGAGUUCAGAGAUGACGGGACCAUCUACCAUCCUCGCUCGGACAUGUGUGUCACAGCCUUCUACACGUCAGAGGGUCGCACCGACACUCAGAUGAGGAGGUGCACCCCAGGGGACAGAAACCAGCAGUGGAAGUUUGAAUGGUAGUAGAGGAAAGUACGAAAUGUCACAGGACGCUGCAAGUGACCUUUUGACCGUCAUGCAAAUACAAGAGCGCAUUCUUCUUCGCUGCUGCAAGCACUCUGAAAUGUGGUGGAAAGUUACUUUAAGACAGUUAUUCACUCACCACAGUGAUUUUGAUGCACGUCAGUGAGGUGUGAUGAUGUAGAAUGAACGAGAACUGCAAACUCCCCCAGAGGGGAGUGUUUUAAAACAAAUCUGCUGUGGCCUUCAUUUUUUUAUUUUAUUUUAUGUUUACAUGUUAAAGUGCCUGCAACCCAAACAGCAUCCAGCCCAGCACACACACACCUGAAGUGUCAUUAUUACAUUUUUAUUUGUUGUAUUCAACAACAUGUAAGCAGUGAAAUCGACUGUGCUGUACACGACGAAGUGCCUUUCAAACAACCGGGUCCUUGAAAACUAAAUGCUGAACAGUCGAGCGCCACACAAAGUUACCUUAACAUGCAAUUUAUAUUCAUUAUUUUAAAAUAGUUUCUUGUACAAGUGAUCAGAAAAUAUUUAUCAAUGAGCUGCUUAAAGAUGAUGUGUCAGGGAUGUAAGAACUACACACAAUACUGUUUAGCAGUAUAGAGCCUUCUGUCUCCAGUUUAUAAUUCAGAAAAAAAAAAAAAAAAAAACACCUUGGCAUUUCUACUCAACAGUCCACCUGCUGUUGAAAUAUUUGUUGUAAGAGAACUGUAUUACUGAGGACUGCUCAUCACAACUUGUCAUUUCUGUGGUCCAUUAUGGUCAAUAAGAUGAUGGCAUAUUUAAUAAUCCCGCACCUGAUCAUUUAGGCUUUUUAAAUUGUAAAUUAGGUUUGGUUUAAAGGACCAAUGGAAGCUUUUAUGGAGCACCUCUAAGACUACUGACAAAGCACAAGCAAUCUUUAUUACUUCUCUGAUGAAGAGGGAAUGGAUGGAUGGAUGGAUGGAUGAAGACAUGUUCCAAGUAAACUUGAAAAAAUUGAAUGAAUUAAAAAAACCUAAUCACA